AUGUUUACUAAUCCUUUAAGUUAAAUAUUAGAAUUAAAGAAUAAGAAUUAUGAUGUCUAAUUAAUAAAAUCAAUUAUAAUGAACUUAAAUAAUGUGAAUCAAAUAGAAAUAAUGGCUUUAAUGGAGAUAAUUGAAUAAAUAAAAUAGUGUUCAAAUAAUUAUGGAAACAAAGAAGAGUUGUUGAAUGAAUUAUAGGAUUUUCUGUAAAGUUUAUUAAAAACUGAUCGUGCUGCUAUUAUUAACACCAAUAAUUUUUUAGAAUAUAAAACUAAAUGUAAUUCUAAUCAAACUGGUGUUAUAAUACUAAAUCAUUAAGGAUAAUUUAGUAUAUUAAUUUAUUAAUUUUAGUUCUAUCUGAUUAAUUAUCUAGAAAUAUUUUAGAAAUAAAUUCAAAGCAAGAACUAGAAUAAAAGAAUUUUUUCUCUCUUGUUAGUAAAGUUUCAGAAGGGAAACUAAAAUAGAUGGUCAAAAAUACUUGUUUAUUAUCUAAUGGAAAAGUUAAAGAUUCUUUUGAGGUGACCAUAUAUUCAGAUAGAAACAGAAAGAAAAGUCUUAAAUAUUUAAAAUAAAUGGCAGAAGUGCGUUCAAAAAAAAAGAUUAAAAAGAAUAUGACUGAAAGUAUAAACAAAAUUAAUAGUUUAGAAGAAGUUAAAGUAUUGGCAAAAGAAUAAAUUUUGAUGUAAAAGUAUUUAAAAUCAAUAAAAGUAACAAUUUUAAAGGUUACUAUUUUAAUACAUAAAGAAUUCAUAGAUUCAUUUUAAGAUUCAGAUGAUAUUAUUUUAAGUAACUUAAAUACUUUAGCUUAAACAGCUAUUAAUUAGUUAGCAAUUUGUGAAGUAAGAGAAUUAGAUGAACAUAUAAAAUUAACACUUUAAGAACUAUUAUAAGAUCCUUAUAUCUCAAAACAUGAAAGUAUUCAAUAUCAUUAAUUUUAGUUAAAUGGAACAAAAAAGUAAAAAAUAUUAAGGGUCAGAUCUCGGAUGAUGAAGAAGAACUAUGA